AUGUCAGGUCACUUACAACAGGAUAAGAAACCAAAACCUUCAAAGGCUCACGUUCCAGAUAGUUUUAAGGACUAUGUGAACCCGUUUAAUGGUGAAACAUGGACAAUAUACACUCUCGCUUAUGACCUAGUACUAGGAAUUUUUGAUAUUUUGUUUACAAUUUUCUUUAGAGAAGUGAAGGUCCGGGGAAGUCAAUACGUGCCCCCAAACGGCACACCAACUAUCCUUGUAUGUGCUCCUCACGCUAACCAAUUUAUUGACCCAAGUUUAGUGAUGUUAAAGACAAGACAGUUGCACAAAGGUAGAGGUAGACAAACUUGCUUCAUCACUGCUCAAAAGAGUCUCCAGACUAAUAAAGUAGUUGGACUCUUUGGUAGUUGUGUAGGUGGGAUUCCCGUACCUAGAAUUCAGGAUAAUUUGAUUUCAGUGGAUAAUAACAUUGAGAUAUAUGCUUCUGAUGUUGAAAAUAAUCCUAAAUUGAUUAGAGGGCGUUGUAAAGAUGGUCAAUCACCAGAAUUCACUAAGAGAUUUACUGUUAAAUCUCUAGUCGGUUUACCAUAUUAUUUAGGAAAUGCUCAAAUUUCUGAAAUUGUUGACGAUGAAACGUUGUUAUUGUCUAAUCCAUUCAAAAUGGAAAACCCUAAAGUUAAAAAAUUGUUAACCAACGGUUGUAAUUUCAAAUACGCUGAGAAAAUCGAUAACUCGAAGACUUAUCAAAACGUGUUUGAUCACCUACAUACUAAUGGUUGUGUAGGUAUCUUCCCAGAAGGUGGUUCUCAUGAUCGUCCCUCUUUGUUACCUAUUAAAGCUGGUGUUGUCAUUAUGGCAUUAGGGGCCGUGGCUGCCGAUCCUUCUAUGAAAGUUCAUGUUGUUCCAUGUGGAUUACAUUAUUUCCACAGAGAGAAAUUUAGAUCCAGAGCUGUCAUCGAAUAUGGUGAACCUAUUAUUGUCGACGGUGAACUCGGUAGACAAUACAUCGAAUCACCUCGUGACACUGUAUCAAAGUUGUUGGAUAGAGUCACAGAUUCAUUAUUCUCGGUCACAGAAAAUGCUCCAGACUUCGAUACUUUGAUGGCUAUUCAAGCUGCAAGAAGAUUAUAUCAACCAACAAACCAUAGAUUCUCUCUACCUUUAGUCGUAGAGAUUAAUAGAAGACUGCUAGUCGGUUACAAUAAAUAUAAGGACGAUUCCCGUAUUAUUGCCUUGAAAAAAAUGGUACAACGGUACAAUAAUAGUCUAUUUUCAAUGGGUCUUAAGGACCAUCAAGUUCAAGAUUUGAGAAACUCAUUCCUUGGUAGUGUCAAAAGUCUUAUCAUCCUGAUUACAAGAGUUUGUCGUCUGUUGGUAUUAUAUGGUAUGUCUAUUCCUGGGUUUAUCUUAUUCUCACCAAUUUUUAUCAUUUCAUCAAGAGUCUCUAAAAAGAAAGCCAAACAAGGACUAAAAACUUCCUUGGUGAAGAUUAAAGGUACCGAUAUUAUCGCUACCUGGAAAUUGAUUGUCGCGUUGGUGUUAGCACCUAUCCUUUACAUUACUUACUCAAUCAUCUUAAUCGUACUAUACGCUCGUGGUAAUUCAUACUUACUAAGGGUAUGGGUUCCUUUCUCCAACAAAUUUUUACAAUUUAUCUAUUUCUAUUCUUUACUGGUAUUUACUACCUAUUCGAGUCUAAAGACAGGUGAAAUUGGAAUGGAUCUAUGGAAAUCAUUACCACCAUUAAUAAUAUCGAUAUGUUCACCAAAUUCAAAGAUCCGUGAAAUUAAAGAAAUGAGAGCAGUACUAAGUCGUGAAAUCACCGAUGUUUGUAAUGAUCUAGGACCUACCGUGUUCCCAGAUUUCGAAAAAUUCUCAACAUCCAAUAUCAUGAAAUCUGACACUCUUGAAGACUCUGUAAUGAUCAAAGAGAUUAACGAUACAUUGAAGAUAUAUCCAAACCGUAGUAGGUCAGGAUCUGUCGGAUCACAUGUGUCGAAUGCUUUAUCAAGAGUCAACUCUAGGGGUUCAUUGACGGAUAUUCCUAUUUUCAGUGAUGGACGUAUCAAUGACUCCGAAUCUGUAUUCUCUGAGACUUCUGAUACUGAAUGGUCCGAAGAGGCUACCAACAUUACAAAAAACGUUACAAACGGUAUGUCUAAGAUUGCAUCACUUGUCAGAGAACAAUGGCAAGAGAAGGAACAUGACAAAGCAGAGUGA